CUGAAAGUGAAAUUUAGGGAUCAGGCUUGUGCAGCGAAGCUGAGAGCGGUGGCCAAUGCUGAGGAUCCUGGUAAGAGUUCUCUAGUUCCAGCCCUGCCGUGGGGGCUGGGCUCUGAAAGUGACUUUCCAGGGCCCCGGAAGGGGCUGCCUGGUGACUAGUGCCUGAGCUGAGACUGGGGGCUGGUAAAGGUGGGAGAAGCAGGUUGUGACCUAGCCCAGAGGGGAGCUCAGGGAAACCCCUGCCCCUUGAGAACCCUUGCUAGAGCCUCAAAAAUGUCUCUGGAAAAGAUGUGGGAGGACGUCACCUGUGCUAUCUGUCUGGAUCCCAUGGUGGAGCCAAUGAGUAUCGAAUGUGGUCAUAGCUUUUGCAAGGAAUGCAUUUCCGAGGUUGGGAAAGACGGAGGCGGUUCAUGUCCCGAGUGCCGGCAACACUUUGUGCUCAGAAACCUCAGGCCCAACCGACAUAUAGCCAACAUGAUAGAAAACCUUAAAAGAACAGCCGAGGAUGCCAAGAAGGGCAGCCCGGAAGACUGCUGCAUGAAGCAUGGAGAGAAACUUCACGUGUUCUGUGAGGAAGAUGGACAGGCCCUUUGCUGGGUAUGUGCCCAGUCUGGGAAACAUCGUGACCACACUAAGGUCCCUAUUGAAGAGGCUGCUCAGGUAUACCAGGAGAAGCUCCGCGUGGCUUUAGAAAAACUGAGGAAAGGGAAAGAAUUGGCCGAGGAGCUGGAAAUGGAUCUUGCAAAGCAGAGAACAGACUGGAAGAGGAACGUGGACAUACAGAAGUCGAGGAUUCAUUCGGAGUUUGUACACCAGAAUAGUUUGCUGGCCAAGGAGGAGCAGAGGCAGCUGCAGAAGCUGGAGAAGGAGGAGCGGGAGCAUCUGAGGGUCCUGGGGGAGAAGGAGAUUGAGCUAGCUGAGAAGAAUCAGGCCCUGCAGGAGCUGAUCACAGAGCUGGAGCGGAGGAGCCGGGGUUCCAACCUGGAGCUGCUGCAGGAGGUGAGAAUUGUCCUAGAACGGAGUGGAUCCUUGAACCUGGACACGUUAGAUGUUACCUCCCCAGACCUGACAAAUGCGUGCCAUGUGCCAGGGCGGAAGAAGAUGCUGAGGACAUGUUGGGUCCAUAUCACUCUGGAUCGCAACACAGCCAACCCAUGGCUCAUCAUCCCAAAGGAUAGGAGACAAGUGAGGCUUGGAGAUACCCGUCAGAAUGUGCCUGAAAAUACGGAGAGAUUUGAUAAUUACCCCAUGGUGCUAGGUGCCCAGAGAUUCACCUCUGGGAAGAUUUACUGGGAGGUAGAUGUGACCGGAAAGGAGGCCUGGGAUCUGGGGGUUUGCCGAGAGUCUGUGCAGAGGAAGGGGCUGUUUUCACUCAGUCCUGAGAACGGCUUCUGGACCAUUUGGCUGUGGAAGAAAGACAACUACGAGGCUGGCACCACCCCCCAAACCCCUCUCCACCUUCAGGUGCCUCCGUGCCAAGUUGGGGUCUUUGUAGACUGUGAGGCUGGCAUUGUCUCCUUCUACAACAUCACUGACCGUGGUUCCCUCAUCUACACCUUCUCGGAGUGUGACUUUGCCGGACCCCUGCGGCCCUUUUUCAAUGUCAGUUUCAAUGAUGGUGGAGGAAACUCAGCCCCUCUGAAGCUCUGUCCACUGAAGAUGUGAUGGUCGGACUUGGUGCCGACUGACAGCAGUUUGUGGAUACUGUUACCUGUCAUGACCGAGUCCAAUGACUACUGUUCCCUCCUCCCCGUCACGACCGAGGACCAAUGACUACUGAAGGCAGUUCCUGGAGACUGUUACUUCCUGUUGGUGUUCCUGCCAUGGACUCUGCCUUUUUUGCCCAUCCGGCUGGAACCAUGUCACACCCUCAUCUCUUUAGAGGAGUCAGAGCCCCAGAAUGAAGGCCUUAGCUGGAGGCAAUGGAAAGUCAAUGUCAACUCACCUUCAACAUCAAUAUUCCCACCGUAGGUUCCUUAAUGACUCCCUCCAGUGAGACAGACUCCUCAUAGUGGACUCAAACUCUUCUAUCUCAGUCAAAACCACAUUUCUGACUCCUUCGUGUGACUUCCCUUGUUUUCUUUUCUCUGUUUCUUGGCUAUUAUCUUUGGCCGCUUACCUAUCUAUUCCUGUAUCGUCCACGGCUUGCCAAAAGGCGUCCUAAGAAACUGUGCCUCUGUUCUUAGUUCUGUUGAAGCCCAGAUAUGUGUAUUUAACAUUGUACGUCUUUUAGUUUGGAUUGGGGGUUUUUGUUACCUGAGGUUAUUUUGUUUGUUUGUUUGUUUUUUAAUUUUGUUUGUUUGUUUGUUCUCCCUGCCCCCGGAAUGCCAACACACUUCAUCUAUAAACUAGGUCAGGAAUAUUUUCCAGUGUGACAGACCAAAGUCAGAAUAAAAUAGUGAAAGGCAAGAGCUGAAUAUAGCAAUGAUGGUGUACUCGUGUCCCCAGUGAUGGCCGAAGGCUAGGUAGAAACUGAAAUUAGUACCUGAACUAGAACACGAAUAUAUCCAGAGCUUAAAAAAUACUGUAAGAAGAUUUAAAAUGAAGGAUGGAUAAAUGUACAAUAAAGAAAAUUCAGGGUUGUUUUUAAUUCA